AUGGCAGGCAAGAAGAAAUAAAUCCAGCUGCAGACCAUAAUAAGCAAUCAAAACCAGUGGGAUGAAAUGCUGCAGACAAAGGGUAUAGUAGUAAUAGAUGUGUAUCAAGCUUGGUGUGGUCCUUGCAAAGCUGUGCUGAAUUUAUUCACAAAACUAAGGAACGACUUCAGUGAAGACAAUGUGCUACAUUUUGCUGUAGCAGAAGCUGACAGCAUCGAAACUCUGAAACCAUUUAAGAGGAGUUGUGAACCUGUGUUUCUUUUUAGUGUUCAUGGUAAAAUUCUUGCAAUGGUGAAAGGUGUAAAUACCCCUCUCAUAAUUAAGACAGUAACAGAGUUAGUGCAAGAAGAGAGGGAAAUUGCAGUUGAAGCAAAAGAACAUGCUGAGGUAGAAGAGCUCGUUUUUCAAGAAGAAGUUUCAUCAGAAGGGUCUGCUGAGGAGGCUGUAGAAGAGGUCAAAUGCUUAAACGUCAACUUCAGGUCUAGUAAAGAUGAUCCCCUUAAUUUUGCUGAAUGUAUUACUUACAUUACUUACAGACAUAAUAGCAAAAUACAUUUGAUAAUGUUGUAUCAAAUGAUUGAUCAAAAACUUCCCAAACGGUUUACCAGAGUUCUGAGGAAUCCUGACUUUGACGCAUUUGUUCAAUUCAUGAUGAGUGGACCAUGCCAUGUUUUGAUAAUCACUAAAAAAGAAACAAGUGAUGCUAUUCCUCAAUGGAAAGAACUACACAAAACAAGUGUGUCUGGUGAGCCUGAGGAGCCAGUUAAGUUGCCAGGACUCGCAGAAACUGAGAGUCUGGUAAAUUUAUGUGAUUUGCAAGAUAGUGUUGAAGAUGCCAGCAGACAACUUGCCUUCUUUUUCCCAAAUUUUCAUAUAACUAAGGUAGCACACGUUGAAAGGACUUUGGCCAUUAUUAGACCUAGUCUCUUGAAGGAAAGGCAAGAUUCCAUCAUGAAAAGAAUAAAGGAUGACGGUUUCCAAAUAGCAAUGCAGAAAGAAAUAAUUCUCUCUGAGGAACAAGUACGUACAUUUUACAAAGAACAUGUAGAUCAAGACUACUUCUCAGUCCUUCUAGAGCAAAUGACCAGUGGUCCAACUCUUGUAUUGGCUCUAACACGAGAAAAUGCUGUAUCACACUGGAGAGGUUUACUAGGCCCAAAGACUCUUGAAGAGGCUCAGGAAAAUCCAGAGAGUUUGCGUGCACAGUAUGCCAUUGAAAAUGUACCUAUCAAUCAGUUGCAUGGAAGUUCUACACCCAGCGAUGCUCAGAAGGAACUAGAGUUCUUCUUCCCUGAGGAACAAACCUUUGCACUAAUCAAACCUGAUGCUGCUAAGACUCAUAAAGAUGAAAUAAUGAAAAAAGUUAAAGACGCUGGAUUUAGCAUCACAAAGGUAAAAGAACAAGCCUUAACUCGUGAAAUGGCUGCACAGUUUUACAAGGAUCAUGAAGGAAAACCCUUUUUUGAACAGCUGGUGAAUUGUAUGACAUAGGGUCCAUCAGUGAUAAUGGUCUUAUCAAAGGAAAAUGCUGUGGAAGAGUGGAGGCAACUAAUGGGUCCAACUGAUCCAGAAGAGGCAAAGAAGACCUGUUCUGAAUCAAUUCGAGCUCAGUUUGCACAUGAUAUUUUGUCUAAUGCUGUUCACGGAUCAUCUAAUAUAGAACAAGCACUGAGAAGCAUUCAGUUUGCAUUUGGAGAGCUGGAUGCAGACUAA